AUGCUCUUGGCCUGUUUGAUCUUCCCUCUGGUUGCAUACGCCAGUGUGCUUUCCCAGAGGAAGCCAGACAACCCUACAUACACCAACCCUGUUCUUCCAGGGUGGCACUCUGACCCCUCUUGCAUCCACAAAGAUGGCACCUUUUUCUGUGUCACCUCCACGUUCGUCUCAUUUCCUGGGCUGCCUGUGUAUGCCUCCAAAGACUUGAUCAAUUGGCGUCUGAUCAGCCACGUGUGGAACCGCGAAAGCCAGCUUCCAGGCAUCAGCUGGAAAACCCCGGGCCAACAGGAUGGCAUGUACGCCCCAACCAUUCGUUUUCACAAAGGGACCUACUACGUCAUCUGCGAAUACCUUGGCGUCGGAGACAUCAUUGGUGUUAUUUUCAAGACUACCAAUCCAUUUGACGACGCCAGCUGGAGUGACCCGGUCCUCUUCAAGCCAAGUCACAUCGAUCCAGACCUCUUCUGGGACGACGACGGGAAGGUCUACGCUGCCACUCAUGGCAUCACUCUGCAAGAGAUUGAUCUCGAAACUGGAAAGCUCAGUCCAGAGCUAAACAUCUGGAAUGGAACGGGUGGCGUAUGGCCAGAAGGACCCCAUAUCUACAAGAAAGACGGGUUCUACUACCUGAUGAUUGCCGAGGGCGGAACCGGUUCAAACCAUGCAAUCACCAUCGCCCGGGCUCGAAGAAUCACGGGUCCUUACGAAAGUUAUGAGAACAACCCGACCUUGACCAACCGGGGGACGCAGGAAUACUUCCAAACUGUCGGCCACGGUGACCUCUUCCAAGACCGGAAGGGCAACUGGUGGGGACUCUGCUUGGCCACACGCUCAGGGUCUAGAGUGUCUCCGAUGGGCCGCGAGGCUGUUCUCUUCAAUGCAACUUGGGAAAAGGGGGAGUGGCCUGUCCUGCAACCAGUUCGAGGCCGCAUGCCUAGUGGGCUAUUGCCAAAGCCCAGCCGCAACGUCCCAGGACGAGGCCCAUUCAACUCUGACCCAGAUGACUACGAUUUUAGAAAAAGGCGGAGUAUGCCUUCGAACCUAGUUCACCACCGAGUUCCACGAGAAGGGACUUUCAGCCUUUCGUCCAAGGGCUUGCAGAUCGUACCAAGCCGGAAUAAUGUCACUGGGAAGCCCCUGUCUCAAGAUGAGAUCGAGCUCUCUGGGCAGCGUGGUCUGGCUUUUGUUGGCCGCCGUCAGACGCAUACGCUCUUCAAGUUCAGAGUCGAUAUUGACUUCAAGCCAAAGCUUGACGAACAAGAAGUGGGUGUCAGCGUAUUCCGCACUCAACUUGACCAUAUCGACCUCGGGCUGGUCCGCCUCAAAGACCGCGGGGAAAAGAAUUCGAAGCUAGCAUUCCGAUUCCGAGCCACGGGCGCGCGGAAUGUUCCCUCUGUGAAGAUAGUUCCAGCCCCCAAAGGAUGGGAGAAAGAUAUGAUCAGGUUGCAGGUGGCAUCAGCAAAUCAGACUCACUACAAAUUUGAGGCAAUGAGUGUGCGAGGCUCCAAAAAGCUCUUGAUCGGGACGGCCUCGGCGAGCCUGGUGAGUGGUGGCAGUGGCGAAUUCGUUGGUAGUCUGCUUGGAGCCUAUGCGACUUGCAAUGGCCAAGGUUCGGGCCUGGACUGCCCGAAGGGUGGGAGUGCAUAUGUCAAGCACUGGAGAUAUAUACCAGUGGCUCAGGAGAUAGACAAAGGCGUCUUUGACCCUGUGCAAGAGUAG